AUGCCCGGUACCAUCCAUUACAGUACCACUCCUUUUCACGACCUUCAUCUAGCCCUGCCAAAAGACAUUCCGCCGUGGAAAAGGAUUGCACAAGCCAAACGAGCGAGUCGGGAUGCGGCCAUACCCCUAGAAUGGCGGUUGCAUCCGCAUCAAGUCCCACAAGACCGUCUCAAUGUCAUCGACGUUCCUGUCGAGAGCGGUAUCUUGACAGCGAGAGAGCUGGCGAUGACAGAAGACGAUGCAGUUGCCCUGGUACAGAAGCUCGUCAAUCGAGAAUACAGCUCGUAUGAAGUCACCCUAGCGUUCUGUAAGCGAGCAGCAAUCGCGCAGCAGCUUGUAAACUGCCUCACCGAGGUCUUCUUCGAAAGAGCACUGGAAGCUGCUCAACGCCUAGACGCCGAGUAUGCAGCAUCCGAUGUGACACGUGGUCCGCUUCACGGACUCCCGGUCUCCCUCAAAGACUGCUUUCACAUCUCAGGCACAGACGCUACAAUUGGCUACACUGCUCUGGCAAACCAACCGACAUCGCAUCACGAGGAGUCAGAGAUCACGAGGAUCAUGCGGGAAAGCGGAGCAAUACUGUUCUGCAAAACCAACGUUCCUGUAGCACUCAUGGCCGGCGAGACUUAUAACGCAAUCUAUGGCUACACAUCAAACCCUUACAAUCGGAAUCUUUCCAGUGGUGGCUCGUCAGGUGGUGAGAGUGCACUGUUGGCCUUGAGAGGAGCCCCUCUCGGUGUCGGCACAGAUGUAGGAGGAUCUGUCCGGAUACCAGCCUCCUUCUGUGGCCUCUACUCACUCAAGCCUUCUUUCGGCCGAUUCCCCACCUAUGGCCUCCGAGAUGGUCUCGAGGGUCAAGAGGCGGUGCGAAACUCGGUCGGGCCCAUGGCGAGGUCAUUGAAAGCUGUUGAGUUGUGGAGUAAGGCAGUGGUCCAGAGUGAGCCAUGGAUAGCCGCUGAUCAUGAUUGUCUCCCUAUUCCAUGGCGCAAGGUAGAGGUGCCACAGAAGCUCUGUUUUGGCAUCCUGCUUGAUGACGGUAUAGUCAAGCCUCUGCCUCCCGUCACCCGGGCUCUACUCCACACAAAGGCAGCCCUAGAAGCCGCAGGACAUACCGUUAUUGAGUUCUGCAUAGUUUCUAGAGACGAGCCCCUAUUCAUUGACUCCCUUAAGUUUGCGCUAUACCGUUCAGCUGCCGCACAGCUGCUGGGCACCACACUUGCCAGAACUCAGGAACCAUGGCCACGGGGAUAUGCGAUGCUCGAGGCGAUGGUGCAGAAGAAAAUCCUUACAACCGAGGAACUCGUUAACGGACCUGCAACCGUGUCUGACCUCUGGGAGGCACAGGCCAAACGAACGGAGUAUGCCAAGCGGCUACAGAAGGCGUGGACUGACACCAAAGGCAGGAGCGGUAUAGGGAGGGAGAUGGACGCGCUAUUGAUGCCAUGCACUCCAUGGCCAGCGUCCCCGAAAUACGGAUUUACAUACGACAACUACACUAGUCUGUGGAACGUGCUCGAUUAUUGUGCGACAACUGUGCCCGUGUGUAACGUCUCAUCUGUCAAGGACGUGAAGCCAGAGUAUCAGGGCCGGAACGAGAUCGAAAAGAAGAUCUGGGAUGACUAUUCCCCUGAAGCGGUGGUGGGAUGUCCCGUCUCUAUACAACUUGUUGGACGGAGACUUCAUGAAGAGUAUCUGUUGGGGGUGACCAAGGUCUGCGAUGGAGCGUUGAGGUCUGUCGGUGACAUUCCAUGUUAG